GGCAGCAUGUCCCGCUUCCUGACCGAGCCCAAGACGGCCAAGACGACGUCGAGCCACGACGCGCCCGAGGUGCGCCUGGCCAUCGGCAGCAGCAGCAUGCAGGGCUGGCGCGACACGAUGGAGGACGCCGAGCUUGUCCAGACCAAGCUGCCCUCGAAGGAGAAGAUGGCAUGCUUGGCUAUCUUUGAUGGCCAUGGCGGCGACGCGGUCGCCAAGGACGUGUCGGCCCACAUCACGCCGCUGCUGCUCGAGACGGACGGCUUUAAGAAGUUUGACGGGAAGGACGCGACUCUGCUCGUCUCGGCGCUGCGUGACUGCUUCCUUACGAUGGAUGACAAGCUGCGCGAGACGGUUGGCGCCGACGGCCGCGCCGAUGAGAUUGGCUCGACGGGCCUCAUGGUGCUCAUCACGGAGCAGUACAUCGUCUCGGCCAACGUGGGCGACUCGCGCUGCAUUCUGAGCCAAUCCAACUCGCAAAAGCCGAUUCAGAUGUCGCUCGACCACAAGCCCGACCUCGAGGCGGAGAAGAACCGCAUCGUCGCCGCCGGCGGUACCGUCUUCCGCGGCCGCGUCUCGGGCGGCGUCGCAGUCUCGCGCAGCUUCGGCGACUUCUGGUUCAAGCGCAACGAAGAAAACAACCCGAACAAGAAGCCGUGGGACCACCUCGUGAUCGCCGAGCCGUGCGUGAACGUGACCAAGCGCGACGCGCACGACGAGUUCCUCGUGCUCUGCUGCGACGGUAUCUACGACGUCAUGUCCAACGAACAAGUCCAGCGCUUUGUCCGUGACCGCCUCAAGGAAGGCAAGAAGCCCGAGAUCAUUGCCGAACUCCUCACGGACGAGUGCUUGAACAAGGGCAGUCGCGACAACAUGAGCGUCAUCAUUGCCGUCUUCCAUUAAGCGCCAUCCUCGUUGUUUGGAUCGUCUUUAUAUAACCUAUUGAAUGCAUGCUUCCUGUGGCGCCAACGCCUGCCU